AUGUUCUCACUUCUCGCUUUAUUCAUUUUUUGUUUUGAUGGCAAGAUUGUAAUUGAUGUAGGUGUGGAUUUUUAUGAAGCUGAACAAUUAUUGGAAUUGGUAAACUCUGAUUAUCUUAUCAAAUAAACAAUUAACAAUGCAACUUUCUAUCUAACAUUAAAUUAAUAUGAUUUACCAAAAUAUAUAUUUAUGGAGUAAGCUAAUUUUAAUAAAUAAGAAUUUAUUUUUCGUAUCCUACAAAUGGAGAUGUGAAUUUCAUUACAACAAUUGGAAAAAAUUAAUUAACAAGUUUAUAAAAUUCUACUUAUAUAACUAACUAUGCUGAUUAUAAUGGUUAUUAAGGGCGUAAAGAUUAUCAUUAUAUUGUCAUUCCAGCUAACUCUUUUUAAAUAACAGAUACAUUUUUUAUUACAAAUUUAAUAAGAAAUGAUCGACGUCAAUAUUAAUACAACCUUAAAAUUCAAAAAUUAGAAUAUUAUCCUUGUCCCAAAAAUUGUUCUUUAGAUUCUGGUACUUGUGUAAAUGGGAUAUGUCUGUGUAACGAGAAUAAAAUAGACUUAGAUUGUUCCAAAGAUGCUUUAGCUCUGAAGUUUGAUUAGAUGAUAGAUAAUUAUACUUUAUAAGGGGUUUAAUACUUUUAUUUUUAAUAAACAACAAAAUUAGAAAAAAUAUAACUAGAAAUGGGUUUUUCAGAAAAUUUCCAUUAAGAUAAUGCCUCAGUUACGCUCUAUUACAUGUUUGAGAACUUUAUUUAUGGUGUUCCUUAUGAAAUAGAUGAAAAUUAUACAAUAUCAAAAGAUGAGAGAACAAUAAACAUAAUAAUAGAUAUCUCCUAAUUAUCUUAUAACGCAAAUCUAUUAAGGUAAUUUUAUAAUUCAUUUAGAUUCAAUCGUUUGCUUUUUAAAGUAAUAACUAAAUAGGAAUCGUAAUUGUAUAUUGAGAUAUCUGAUAAUUCUUCGAAUAAUCCUCCUAUUGAUGCAAUUAAUAUUCUAAUUAUUGUAUUAGUUUCAUUAUCUACCGCGUUUUUUAUUCUGAUAAUUGGAUGUAUCAUUAGAAAAUAUAAACAAAACAGAAGCAGGAAUACAGCAGUUAUACCAUUAUGCCUUUCAGAAUCUUCAAAUUAUAUUACAAUAGAUUUUUUAAAAUAAUACAUGAAGAAAGCUUAAGAAGGAAAUAAUCAAUGCUCUAUUUGUUUACACAGUGAUAAUGCUAAAGAAUUAAUAAUAACACCUUGCCAACAUCCGUUUCAUACUUCUUGUUUAUUUCAGUGGAUUAAUAAUCGAAAAGAGGAGACUACAUGUCCCUAUUGUAGAGGGGAAUUAGAUUUCGAAUAAAUAAAAAUGAAUUCCUUCAAAUUUAACACUCCCAAAAGAUUAAUUCAUUCUGUUAAUUAAUCUACUUUCAAUUUGAAUUAAGAAUAGGCUCAAAAUUGA